UUGGCGUGCCAGCUCCAGGGCUCUAUUGAGAGGCAGUGUGACGGACACAAUGCGAGCGACAGACCUGCUGUAUCAACAGCUCGCCGUUUUCUGCUGCCCUCGCCAGAAAUAAACCAUAAAUACCCCCCUGAGCCCCAGACUACCACCGCCACAAGACCCACACACACUCUGCCUGCACCAAUACACCCCAGAUACACCCACCAAAGCCAGGACAAACGCAAGGGCAAUGUCAGAACAGCAGGGGGCACCAGAGCAGCUGGCAGCAGGAAAAGGCCAGGGAGGGGUGGGUGGCACUUACAAGGUGGUGCUGUUCGAGUUUGAGAAUUUCCAGGGCAGAAAGGUGGAGCUCUCUGCAGCAUCCAAGGAUGUGACGGAGAAAGGUCUGGAGAAAGUCGCCUCUGUGCUGGUGGAGUGUGGGCCAUGGGUUGGGUUUGCCCAGCAGGCCUUCAAAGGGGAACAGUUUGUUCUGGAGAAGGGCGAAUAUCCACGCUGGGCCACCUGGACCAACAGCCAGAACAACUACAGCCUGAUGUCUCUACGUCCACUCAAAGUGGACAGUGCGGAACACAAGCUGCACUUGUUUGAGGCAGAGGGAUUCGCGGGAAGGAAGAUGGAGAUUGUGGACGACGAUGUGCCCAGCCUCUGGGCCCACGGCUUCCAGGACCGUGUCGGCAGCGUGAAGUCACUCAGCGGAACGUGGGUGGGAUAUGUGUACCCCGGCUAUAGGGGGCACCAGUUCGUGUUUGAGAAGGGAGACUUCAAGCACUGCAACGACUGGGGCUCGGCGCGGCCGGAGAUCCAGUCCGUGCGUCGCAUCCGGGACAUGCAGUGGCACACGAAGGGCUGCUUUCAGGCCGCCGCCCCCGCACCCACCCCCACACCCCCACCGCCCGCCCCGGCCACCGCCACCGGCUCCAGCUGA